AAAAAUAAUUUGGAUAUUAGUGCCUUUUGAGUGUUUUGAAAUUGACAAUUAGGACAAAAUUAUGUAGUGGACUUUAUGACGAUUUCUCACACAACUGUAUUGUUUAUUCUAUCUCGCCUAAGUGCUAAAAUAGCCGAGCAUAUCCAGCUUUACUACCGAUAAAGUAACGUAAACACGGCAAUAAACUGUCUUAUAAUAAUAUUGUGAUAAUAAUAAGAUAAAGAUAAACAAUAUACCUGUAAUUAAAAUUGAAUCGUGCAUUCUGAAAGUGCAUUACUCCCGGGAAAGGUGAACUGUGCAGAAGUGACACACAAGUGAUACAGAAGUGACACACAAGUGACAAGUGAAGUGAUUUGAAAUGACGAAUCAAGUGAGUGAGCCAAGUGUGCCAAUCAGCAGAGCUAGAGUCAUUUUGUCACAGGUGCUAGCAUGCCUUGCCCUGGACUUCCUUCUGAUCGGACUCGGCAUGUCCAUCAGUUUCGUCACGAUGGUGCUGCCAGAGGUCCUGGACGCUCCCGAGGGACUGUCCAUCAACAAGAAACAGGCGUCUUGGUUCGGAUCCAUAGCGUUUCUCUGCCAGCCACUCGGGAGCAUUUUCUCCGGUCCUCUUCUAGACUACUUCGGGCGAAAGAAAGCCUUAUUCAUAGUGAAUAUACCGCACCUAAUCGCUUGGCUGCUGAUGUACUACGCUUGGAACGUUCCCACGCUGUUCAUAGGGAACGCACUGCUGGGAAUCGGGACUGGGAUUAUGGAGGCGCCGUCUAUCACUUAUGUUGGAGAAGUCAGUGACCCCUCAAUACGAGGGAUCCUAACCACCAUGACGAACGGCUUUACUUCCACUGGGAUGUUCUUGGCGUACCUUCUGGGGACAGUCUUGCCAUGGAGACAGGCGGCGCUGGUAGCGCUGACUGUCCCUAUCACUACCAUGCUGCUGGUAUUACUGGUGCCUGAAACUCCAAUAUGGCUGCUCUCCAAGGGACGUCAAAAAGAGGCCCUCCGUUCCCUUUGCCGCCUCCGAGGAUGGGCAAAACCAGAGGACGUCAAAGAGGAAUUCGACGAACUAGUGAACUACAACGACGCCAUUCACCAAUGCGUGAUCUGCGUGAAGGAGGGCAAAGAGGACCUCCGACCAUGUGAGCAUGAUAAGGCGAAUCUCCUCAAGAAGUUCGUGAUGAAGAUAAGGCACGUGUUCUUUGUGAAGGAGACCAUGAGGCCUUUUGUGCUUGUGAUGGCGUAUUUCUUCUUCCACACGAUGAGUGGGUUGAUCCCAGUGAGGCCGAAUAUGGUGAACGUCUGCAAGGCGUUAGGGAUGAAGUACGAUUCGAAGGCUAUUGUGGUCCUAGUCGGAGCAGUCUUCAUCGUGAUGAACCUUCUCUCUGCUGCCAUCGUGAAGUUGAUCGGCAAACGGAAACUGGUCCUUAGCUCCCUCUUUGCCACUGCCUGCUGUAGUUAUAGCAUCAGCGUCUACGCUGGCACCCAGCUCCCAGCAAGCGUGUUCUCGUAUGAGGUCCACACGUUCCCGGAGGAGAAGGAGAUCCUGCCUGUCGUGCUGUUUAUGCUGCUGGUCAGCUUCAGCAGCUUGGGUAUACCCUGGGUGCUUCUGUCUGAGGUGUUUCCUUUUAGGAGUCGCGGCAUCGCCACCAGCCUAGCAGCUGCUUUCAGCUACGUCAUCUUUUUCCUAUCUUCUAAAACUAAUUACAAUCUGGAAUCAAAUUUCCACCUCAGCGGCACAUUUGCUAUAUACGCCAGUUUCGGUUUAAUCGGGACCGUUUACCUUUACUUCUUCCUGCCCGAAACUGAAUCGAGGACUUUGGCUGAAAUAGAAGCAUUUUACAAAGGCGAUAGAAAAAUAUUCGCUGAUGACUUUUUGAUAAACUCGUUUAGAAAGAAGCGACAAGAUAGUAGAGAGAGAGCGAAUUUGUGCUAGUCAAAUAGAUAAAUUAAUUUCACUAAUUGAUUGAUUUCUCUGACCCCCGGUUUCUUAGCUAUGUAAAAAUUAAUCAUAUUUUUACUUUGUUAUUGCAUUGGAUUUUUGUGAGAAAUUGGGGGUAAGUACCUAUGUAUAUUUGUUACCUGUUACCACAUAGGCUAUUUCCGAAUAAAAGUACAGUCGCGGAAUGAAAAGGUUCGUCACCUUAGUGUCGGUUUUCGCUUGCACUAGGUACUGUAAGAAUCAAACCUGCCAACAUAACCGUGCAAGAAACAGUGCUGCUAACAUUUAAAUAAAUAUGACGUUUGCUAACGAAUAAGGUUUUGCUUGUUUAAUUUUCUAUCCCAUGCAAUGUUACAAAGUGUAGUUUUUUUUUUAUUUAAUAGAAAUAAUAAUGGCAGGUUGAACCAACAAGAAGGUUUUAGUUUAUCAAUCAUAAUGAUCUUGACAAGAUAAAUCGUCAAACAACUUAGAUCUGAAUAAUUUUGAACUUUACUGACGAACAGUUAAAGAUUAUUUUCUCUAACUCGAGAUUAUUCUGUAACAUAGUUUCAAAAGGUAAUAUGUGCUCGCGAUUCGUUGAAGGAAUCAAUUUGAAAACUGACGAACCUUUUCAUUCCGUGACUGUACAUAAUGUAAUAAUUUAUCAAUUGUUUAAUAGUAGACAAGGGUAUAAUUUGAUUUAUUAGUGUUGUUACUUAGUAUUAAUUCAGUUUUUAACCUGAUAAAUUGGACUGAGUAUUGCUCCAUUAUACACUGCUUUUGA